CCGCAGGAGGCAGGUCAGAGACCCUGCUGGACAAACAGGGACUCUGCUCCAUACCAGCCAACAGGGGAGUCGGCUGGGGCCUUAUUUCUGGUCCCUAAGGGGGCAGUCGGGGGUCUCUGGGGAGGAACUGUGGCUGAGAGGGGCUGUUGAAGGGGAGAGUCCUGGACCCUGGGCAGCAAAGGGUGAGUCUUGUGCAGUUUCCUUGACAGGCAGCACAGUGGGGCCCUCCCUCUUGGAAUUCCGGAAAGUGAUGUGGGCAGGGCAGGCAGGGUGAGCGCAGGUGCCAGCCCUUCGAUUGCAUAAAAGGCUGGAGGUUGUUGGGGGGCAGGGGAAGGUCUGCAGGUUCAGCUUGGACACAGCAGACGGACAUGCAGAACAAGCUGGGAAAGGUCGUCCUACCUCCAGCCCUAGUCUCUCUCCUGCCUUCCAUGGCCACAUGGAGCAAUCCCAGGCCCUGGCUCUGCCUCAUACCCUUGGUCCUGGGCCUCUUGUCUGGAGGUGUGAGCACGUCGCCAUUGCCUGUGGCUGAGCCCCAAAGCUCCUGCUCUCUGCAGGGAGUAGAGAUCAAAGGUGGCUCCUUCCGGCUGCUCAGGGAUGGCCAGGCAUUGGAGUACAUUUGCCCCUCUGGCUUCUACCCGUACCCUGUGCAGGUUCGCACCUGCAGAUCCACAGGGUCCUGGAGCACCCUGCAGACCGGAGACCAAAAAACCGUCAAGAAGGCAGAAUGCAGAGCAAUUCGUUGCCCAAGACCACAGAACUUUGAGAAUGGGGAGUACUGGCCCCGGGCCCCCUACUACAAUCUGAGUGAUGAGAUCUCUUUCCACUGUUACGAUGGUUACACUCUCCGGGGCUCUGCCAACCGCAGCUGCCAAGUGACUGGUCGGUGGGAUGGGCAAACGGCAAUCUGUGACAACGGAGCGGGGUACUGCCCCAACCCAGGCAUCCCCAUUGGCACAAGGAAGGUGGGCACCCAGUACCGCCUUGAAGACAGUGUCACCUACCACUGCAGCCGGGGACUCACCCUGCGUGGCUCCCAGCAGCGAACGUGCCAGGAAGGUGGCUCUUGGAGUGGAACGGAGCCUUCUUGCCAAGACUCUUUCAUGUACGAUACCCCUGGGGAGGUGGCCGAAGCCUUCCUGUCUUCCCUGACAGAGACUAUAGAAGGAGUCGAUGCUGAGGAUGGGCACACCCCAGGGGAACAACAGAAGAGGAAGAUUGUCCUGGACCCCUCGGGCUCCAUGAACAUCUACCUGGUGCUGGAUGGAUCAGACAGCGUUGGGGAGCACAAUUUCACGGGAGCCAAGAACUGCCUCAAAGCCUUCAUUGAGAAGGUGGCAAGUUAUGGGGUAAAGCCAAAAUAUGGUCUAGUGACAUAUGCCACAGACACCAACGUUUUGAUCAAAGUGUCCCAAGCAGAGAGCAGCAAUGCAGCCUGGGUCACAGAGCAGCUCAACAAAAUCAACUAUGAAGAUCACAAGUUGAAGACUGGCACUAACACCAAGAAGGCCCUCCUGGCGGUUUACAACAUGAUGAGCUGGGCAGGGAACACCCCCCCUGAGGGCUGGAACCGCACCCGCCAUGUCAUCAUUCUGAUGACUGAUGGCUUACACAACAUGGGUGGAGACCCAGUGUCUGUCGUUCAUGACAUUCGGGCCUUGCUGGAUAUUGGUAGGGAUCGCAAAAACCCAAGGGAAGACUAUCUGGACAUCUAUGUGUUUGGGGUUGGGCCUAUGGUGAAAGAAGACAACAUCAAUGCUUUGGCUUCCAAGAAAGAUAAAGAGAAACAUGUGUUCAAAGUCAAGGACAUGGAAGACCUGGAGAAUGUUUUCAUGCAUAUGCUUGAUGAAUCCCGGGCUCUGGGUCUGUGUGGCAUGACUUGGGAACACAAGAAAGGUACUGACUACCACAAACAACCAUGGCAGGCCAAGAUCUCAGUCCCUCGCCCUCCAAAGGGGUUCGAGAGAUGCAUGGGGGCUGUGGUGUCCAAUUACUUUGUGCUGACCGCAGCACACUGUUUCACACUGGAGGACCAGGCACACUCAAUCAAGGUCGACGUGGGAGGGAUGAAGAACUUGGACGUGGAAUACUUCCUAACUCACCCCAAGUACAACAUCAAUGGGAAAAAAGCAGAAGGAAUUCCUGAAUUUUACGACUAUGAUGUGGCCCUGAUCAAGCUCCAGAAGAAGCUGACAUACAGCGACACUCUCAGGCCCAUCUGUCUCCCUUGCACUGAGGGGACAAAUCAAGCUUUGAGGCUCCCACUGUCAACCACUUGCCAACAACAGAUGGAAGAGCUGCUCCCUGCGAAGGACAUCAAAGCUCUGUUUGUGUCUGAGCUGGUCAAGGAUAAAAAGCUAGUUCGGAAGGAGGUCUACAUCAAGAAUGGGGACAAGAAAGCCGCGUGUGAGAGGGAUGCUCGAAAGGCCCCCGGCUAUGAUAAAGUCAAGGACAUCUCUGAGGUGGUCACCCCCAGGUUCCUUUGCACUGGAGGCGUGAAUCCCUACGCUGACCCCAACACUUGCAAAGGUGAUUCUGGUGGUCCCCUGAUUAUUCACAAGAGGAGUCGCUUCAUUCAAGUUGGUGUGAUCAGCUGGGGUGUAGUGGACGUCUGCAAGAACGGGCCGAAGCACCAGAUACCUGCUCACGCCCGAGACUUUCACAUCAACCUCUUCCAAGUGCUACCCUGGCUCAAGGACAAACUCCAAGAUGAGGAUCUGGGUUUUCUCUAAGGGGGUUUCUUGCUGGAAAGGGGCAUGAGAUCAAAUUAAAACAGCUGCGACAAUAGCUGUGUUCGAGCUC